AGAGAAUAUUUUUCACAGCUCUAAAUGUCAUUCAGUGAAGAAAAAGCCAAACAAGCCUAAACUAUUUUAUUAUUUUAAGUAAUAUUUUUGAGAUUGGAUCCAAAAAUACGUGAAAAAUGGGAUCCUAUCAUGACGAAAUUCAUUUUAAUCUGGACAUAGUUAAAGAAGAGUACUGUAUGGAUAGGGAAAAUGGAUCGGUUUUGGAAAGAGAUUGUGCGUCAGAUUCUACCGAAGACCGGGAAGAAUUUAUCGAGGACGAUAUCCAGAAUGGUCACGAUGACCAGGAAAUUAUACAUUUUGAAAUCACAGAAAUUGAACAAAGUGGGAGCCAAAAGAAGGGGGACAGUGAGCUUGUCUCUGAACUUGUUUGCUUGAUAUGUGAACAGACUUUUGACAAACUCAGUCUUCUCAAGGCUCACAUGCAUACCCAUACCAAUUCAACUGAGGACUCAACCUUCCAAUGUCCCUAUUGCCCUUUAGUCUACGGAUACAAAAGAUUUCUGGAUGAACAUUUGCAGCAGAGCCAUGCUGAAGAAAGUUCUCCGGAAGAAAAUGAUAGUUCAUAUCUCAGUCGCUUUAGCGAACCACUUCAAACGGAAGAUCCUGGACUUGCGUAUAUAGAGAUCGUAAAGAAGAAGGGCUGUAAGGACAUGUUCAAGUGCCGGGCCUGCUCUCGCAUUUUCAAAAAGAAAAUCCAUCUACGGAAUCAUGUAACAAUUCACACAUCGGAAAAACCCUUUGUCUGCACAAUAUGCGGAGAAGCAUUCCGGCGAAAGGACUAUCUCAAUAUUCAUAGCACAAAACACACGAAUGUGAACAAAACCUGCCCAAUCUGCAAAAGAGAAUAUUCCGAUUUGGAGUGCCUCAGGCGACACUUAAAUAAACACGUGAUAACUAAGGCCACAAAGAAAGGGGGUCUAAUAUGCCAGGUUUGUUUAAAAGUCUUCAAUAAUCAAGCAUCUUACACCAUUCACAUGAGAAAAUGGCAUCCAGAACAUCCGGAACAGGUGAAAAACAAAGCACCACCGCGUGUUACGAUUAAAAAAGAAUUUCCAGAUACACCAGUGAUUAAGAUAAAGCAUCUGAAGCUGAAGCCGAAAAAUACUUAUAAAUGUAUUCCGUGCAAUCAACUAUUUAAGAGCAGGAAAAUCUUAACUAAGCAUGAACGCACCAAGAGGCACCUACAGGCGCUUGGAGAAACCUCUCCAGCAGCUUCACCAGAACCUCCAGUGGUAGAGGCAAAUUUCUUUUGCGGACUUUGUGGUACUCCUUUCACAUACAGAAAAGAUUACACAAAUCACCUGCGAAGUCACAAGGAACGCAUGAGGAUGUUCGAUUGUCCUCAGUGCCCCAUGAAAUUCAAACGAAAGAAUCAUCUAGAUGAUCAUAUGAUGACUCAUGAUCCAAACAGACCAGUCUACGUUUGUCAAUGUGGAAAGGAAUACAAGUCUAAGAAAUCUUUGAUCACACGACACUUCAAAGUCUGCGAUUUGAAACGAUACACUAAAAUGGUUAAUGGAAUGGUAAUUAAAUCGGAGAAAAUGGAUUGCCCAAAAAAGAUGUCGGUUAGAAUAAAGGUAGAAAAGGAUCCCUUUGAGGGAUGUGAUGUGAAAAUAGAGUGUCCCAUUAAGUCUGAGACAGUCUCUGAAGCGUCGUCAGAUGAUGAGGAAAAGCCCGAUGUUAAAUUUGGAUCUGUAGAAAUCAAGGAUGAAAUUCUCGAUAACUUGAAGCUGGAAGUAACUCACAUAGCUGCAGCAGAAUAUUCCGGGGAUGAGGAUGAAAUUGGACUCAAGAAGCCAAAAAGAGAAUACAUUUAUCCCAAAAAGUAUCCCUGUCCCGACUGCCCAAUGGCUUUUACAAGUAAACCAAAACUGAAAAAGCACGUCUAUGGGCACAGGAAAGUCGAAGGAACUAAUGCUUGUCCUCACUGUGACAAGAAGUUCAAAGAUGUAAAAACCAUGAGGAGACACAUAAGACUACACACAGGUGAAAAUCUCCAUGAAUGUUCCAUCUGUGAGAGGAAAUUCCCCAUCAAAUCCAAAAUGUUGCAGCAUAUGGAAACUGUACACGCAAAGGAUAAGAUCAAAAAGCGUGGUAGGACAAUGUAUACUUGUCCUGAAUGCGGGAAGAGAACACCGGAUAGAUCCUUCUAUGAGCGUCAUCUAACCGUUCACACCGAUGAGAGGAAUGUGGAAUGCCCACAGUGCCCGAGGAAGUUCAAACACAAUCAAGCCCUGAUGUCCCACAUGUUAAUCCACACUAAACCCUAUGAAUGUAGCACCUGUGGAAAAAGAUAUCCAGACAGGAUUAAUCUAGUUAUUCAUGAAAGGAGGCAUCAGGACAAAAAUGUCAAAUGUCCCUACUGCAUUAAGAAAUUUUCAGUCAAAGAAAAUCUCCAGAGUCAUGCUGAGAAAUUCCAUCCUGGUCUGCCCAUUGAAUACACCGAUGGACCAGUUUCUUGUCAAAUCUGCAAUGAACUCUACGAGAGUAUGGAAGUUCUCAAGUUCCACGUGAAGGUUCAUCCAGUAUCUAGGAAUUUUGAAUGUGCUGAAUGUGGGAUGAAAUAUUUCGAAAGGGGAGCAUUGAUUAAGCAUCUGAAAUGGGCUCAUUUAGGAAUAAAAAAGCCAGAGAAGGUUAUCACAGAAGAAGACAUGCUCCCCUGUUCUCAGUGUGACAGGAAAUUCAAGACCAAACAGAGCCGGGAUAGGCACUUUUCUUCCAGUCACAGUGACGAAAGACCAUAUGCCUGCCGAGUUUGUCAGAAAACUUUCAAGCGUCACAGCUACCUUACCAGCCAUAUGAAGGUUCACAGCGCUACUAGAAUUACGUAUCCAUGUGAGGUUUGUGGUAUGAUAUUCAAAUGGAAGAGCAACAUGAACAGACAUGCCAGAGAUGAGCACAGCAAAGAUAAAGAAAAAGAAAAGGCAGAGAAAAAGGAAAAUGCAGAGAAAAAGGAAAAGACAGAGAAAAAGGAAAAACCAGAGAAAAAAGUUAAGGGAGAAAAAAAGGAGAAAGUAAAAUAAAUAUCCAAAAUAGACAAGAAAUAGGCUAUCAGGAAAAAUUUUAUGAUAAGAACACUUAAAAGGGGCGAUGGGGCUAUUUUGAGCUGUGGGGCUACAUUGUUAUACGAUAUUUUCGCAUAUUUCUAAAGGAAACUGGGUUUUAACAUGUUGUAAUUUGGAUAGGCAAAAUAAUUGUGUUUAGAGUCUCCUAAAUUCGAACGAUUUUUUCAAAACUAACGAAAUUUAUGUGAGAUUAAAUUGUACUUUGAAUCAAAUUCCCGUACUUCCUCACAAGUCUUAGUAGUAACAAACUUCUUUUUCAUUUUAUACGAUCGUAAUGUAUGUAAACAUUCAGGAAGACAGUUCUGACGUCCAUUCUUGGGCCCGGUACCAAAAUAGUGGCAAAGAGGCCUUUUUUCAGGCUCCCAUUCUCAACGACUUCCACCUGAGUCCCAGUUCCAAGAGACAGGAACUCCGAGAAAGUCUUUAAAAGCCAGUCAAAUGUUGACCCAUCCCCACAGAUUACACAAAAACCGCUUUUGGACAGAUAGUUGCCAACUAUUGAUGGUUUAAAAACAGAAGCACUCCCCAUAACCCUCCUGACCACCUCCUUUUGCAACUGAGAAGCCAGCUGAGAAGCCUCAUAACACUCCCUACAUGCAAUCUAAACAUUCAGGAAGAAGCACAUAAAUAUGAUUUGCAUUCAUCCAGAAUACGAAUCUUUUAACAUAACCUCACAAUUGACAUUUUGAAUUCAAACGGCGUUCGAAUUUGAGAGAUUCAAAUUUGAGAGCUAGUCCCCGGCGAGUGGCCUUUAAAGUAGAAGCCAAUUUCUUACUUUCACAUACAAAUGCGUAUGGGAAUUUUUCUGCACUCAUGAACGUUAUGCUAAAUAUUUAAAAAGUGAGAAGUUUUUCCGUAUGGAGAGAUAAAUAUACUAAAUUUUUGUUUAAAUAAAUUUUUUCCUUGGAGCACUGUGAACUGAGUCCGAGAUCAAUUUAGGAAUUGGCUUCAAAUAGCUCCAUAUAAAAAGGCCAACUUGCCAGGCGCAUGUUUGAGAGACUCUACUGUAAAAUAAUUGUAAGGACCAGCUUCAUUUAGAAAUAGGCGAAAAAAUCGUAUAAUAAUCUAGCCUCAGAGCUCAAAGUAGCCCCACUUCCCCAUAUUUAAUGCAAUUACUGUAGAUUUUAAUUUUGACCGAAUAAAAUGCAAUAUUCUACGAAUGCUGCUAACAAUACUCAAA